AUGCCGCCCAGACGAUCAAACAACCAAAGAAGCAAUAAUGCUUCCCGACCGACCAACACACCUUCCCAAGCAACCAACCAAGAAACUCAACAGACCAACACAGCUUCCCAAGCGACCAACCAAGCUGCUCAACCAACCAAUACAAACUUGAGCUUGGACCCAACCAACCGCGCCGAACCUACGUCUGACCCAAGCACCCACAAGAAACGCCUGCCAAACUUCUCCCCAGAAGAGGACGAACAGCUGGCCAAGAGUUGGACUGUUGUCACAACUGAUCCAAUCCGGUCAAACGACCAGACAAAAGAGGUUUUCUGGUCUCGAGUCGCUGAGGAUUACAAUAAAUUCACCGGUGGCCCUCAGCGAGAUGAUGACCGUUUAUCCGCAAGAUGGAAAUUGUUGCAGAAUGGCUGCCUCAAGUUCACAGCCAUACACAAUCGGAUUGAGCAGAAUCCACCCUCGGGCUCAUCCCCUGAAGAUUGGCUCACUAGUGCCAAACAAAUUUACUACGAACAAGUCGGAAAGCAUUUUAUGUCGGAUCGAGCGUGGAACCUUCUCCGACACGUCGAAAAGUUCAAAACUUUGGCUGGCCGAGCGAAAAAUGGUGCUCCACCAUCGACUCAAAGCCAAACCCCUCAAGUCCCAGUAACUCCAUCACCUCCUGAUGCCACUGAUGCGGCGAGCAAUGCCGGUUCAAGGUCCAAGGACUGGGAGAGACCAACAGGUGCUCAUGCGGCAAAGCGACACGCAAACGAGGAAGAAUAUAAGAGAAAAAAAAUUAAGCUCAUGGAGGCAACUCAUAAGGAGUCGGUCAAGCGAUCUGCUGAAGCCAAACGAUCGAACGACAUUCAAGCGGAGCUCGUCGCUGGUGAACAGAAGAAGAUCAAUGUGAACCUCAUGUUCCAAAACCCAGCCAACUGCCCCGAUGACAUCUCUCGUAGAUUCCUACUCGCUCAAAAAGAAAAAAUAUUCCAGAAGUGGAUGGAUCCCUCUUUCAAUUCACCUUCUCUAUCAUCCGAACGUCCAGCAGAUCAAUCCUCUCAUGCUCCGACGGAUCGUUCAACACAGUUUGGGACUAGCGAACCGGACAAUGCGAUGUCCCCUUAUGACCGCCAGGAGGAUGAAGAUAUUCCCGAUGACGAGGUCGAUGAUUAUGACGAGUGUGACCCCCUUCAAACUCAAUCCCUUGAGGCUUUAGAUGCCGCUGUCGAUCCUACUUUAUUUUGA